AUGAACACUCUUACAACCUACCGACAAUCACGGGACCAAGGUUAUCUCGGCUUUGAUGCCGAGUGGCGUAGGCCUUCCCUGAAGGUGCCUGCAACCCUUCAGCUUUGUGAUGGAAAUUCAUGUCUUAUUUUCCACUUACAUCGUUAUAAUAAUAGCAUUCCCCUUUCACUAAGUAAUUUUCUUUGCCAGCCAAAUUAUACCUUUGUUGGUUUCGACAUUAAAAACAAUUUUGAUCACUUGGUGAAACACCAUGGGGUUGGAUGCAAAAAUGCUGUGGAACUUGGAACCUUGGCUGCUACUCUCAUGGACUACCAUUUUUUAAGUUUUUGCGGCGUUGAUGAACUAGCAUUUGUUGUCAAUAAACUCGAUCUUCGCAAGUACAGGCCUUUAAACUUGGCUUUUGAUUGGGGUGAUUAUCCGCUUAGCGAAGAACUUGCUAAACUUGCUACUGUUAAUGUUUGCUCUUAUCACAAGAUUGGUAGUGCAUUGUUUGAAAGGCAUAGGCCCUACCAUUUAUUUGAUUAA